AUGGAACCUCCUGCUAAACGUAUCAAGCUCGAAGCGGACAUUGAGCCCACUCUGUCAGCGUUACCCACAGUAGACAUAUCUGCGAACAGCAAUUGCGAGGCGGACCUGUCUUUCGAGGUGAAAGCAGAGUUAAAACCGCACUGCUCCCAGUGCAACUUGAUUUUCCACAGCGACGCCGAGCAUGCAUUUCACAUUUCAAAUUGGCACUAUACACAUCUUUGUAAAGCCUGCGACAAGGGAUUCCCUGAUCGUCAUAGCUUCGAUGCCCAUAGAAAGACGCAUCCCCGCUUCUCAAUCAAGUGUUUGGGCUGUAAGGAAAAGUUCAAGGUCCACUCAGCGAUGGUGGAACACCUUGAAAGUAGCAAAUGCACCUCGGGCGCGAACGCCGAAUUACUCGCCAAAGCAUCAGAUGAUUAUAUGAACCAGCGCAUCUUCAAGUCGGAAAAGCCUUCCAGUUCAACAUUGGACCCUACCUGUUCAGGUUGCGGGGUUAUUUCUAACACCAUGAGUCAAGUCAUUGCUCAUUUGGAAAACAGGACGUGUUCAGUGCGAGCCUGGCUAGAUGAUUACAAACCCUUGUUCGAGGCUCUUCAGCAACGUAUCGCGGAACAAAAGGCGGACAUCAACGGAUGUACUGUAUGCCAUAUGACAUUCAUCAACGCCCAUGCGCUCGAACAGCAUCUGCGGGUCAAACAUAAACUCACCCAAUGCUUUGGCUGCUUGGAAGUUUUCGAGAUGACAGGUGACAGAGAACACAACGCCGUUCAUCGAGCUGUAGCACCUCCAGUGCAAAUUACGAAAGAACAGAUGAAGCAACAUCCGCAGGAGAACGAGAAGAACCCGGAUCUGCAAUCCUUCUACUGCAGCUGGACGACUGACGAUGAGGAUCAGUUGAGGAUCCAUAACAUCUUUUGCAACUCUGAGACGAAGCGCACAUGGUGUGACCUUUGCAAAAAACGAUACAGCUCCGCCAGAUGUUACUUGCAGCACGUUAGAGACUCGCCAAAACACUUCACAUGUGACCUUUGCGUGGAGAAAAUGUCAACAAAAGGUCGACGAGAGGUGGAACAUAACUCGUACACUUUGCAAUAUGUGUCGUGGGAGGCUUUGGCUACUCAUAUGAGAGAAAGCCAUGCCGCAUGUAUUUCAUGUAAUCGAUGGUUUGUUAGCCACCUCGCGCUCUCCGACAGGGAACAGCUUAAAGAACACAAUGAGAUUCAUCAUUGGUCGGAACCAUGCACAGCAUGCGACUUGACGUUCCCAGAUACCAGGUCCCUUGAAGAGCAUAAAACAACUCACCCUGCAGAGCCAAUCGACUGCCUUAGUUGCAGUAAGACCUUCGGAAGCUAUUCACUCAUGAUGGAGCGUUUGGAAAGCGGAAAUUGCAACUCAGGCGCAACUCACGAAUUUAUCAAACAAUCCAUCAAAGAUCCAUUCAAGGAUCCCAAAGGUUUUAGUACAGACUACAAGAAGCUGUCCGAAUACUUCUCCUUCUGCCCUGUAUGCUCAAAGGAACUCCCACGCUUAAGCCUUCUUCUACAGCACUACGAGUCGCGCAAGUGCUGGACACACGGAUGGCAGAAGCUUACGCCGGUGAAGCAGAUGUUUUACUUGAGGUUGAAAAGAGCUAUCCUCGCACAUAUCGAGUGCGUCACAUGCGACAACGUUUUUAAGGAUCAGAGGACAUGGAAUGAGCACAUGUGGAAAGAGCAUCAAGAGCGAUAUUGCUUCUUGUGUAAAGACGAUUUCUCCCAAAGGACCUGGUCAACACAUUUCGGAUAUUUACAAGAAGCAUGCCCCGAGGAAGAAUCCUGGCAUGGCAAACGCGAACCAAAAUCAUUAGCAUGCAAGGAUUGUGGCCCUGAUGCUAUAUUUGGAAGCGAUCGGGAGUUCUACAAUCACUGCUGGAAAGAGCAUUCCACUUGUGCAGUAUGCGCAGUUACAUACAACAACACGGAAGACUUGUCAAAGCAUGAUGCCAAAGUCCAUGGCAAGUGUGGAAUUUGCGGGCAUCUUGCAAAGACCUAUUGGGAUUUGAGAACUCAUUGUACGGAGAGACAUGGGAUCAAACUUCCAUUGCGACCAGAAACGCCUCCUGAGAGCUUGAAGGAACUACCAGAAGCAAACUCAGAUCGGCCAAUUCAGACUCAGGACUCUGACACGGGGAGAAGGCCAAUGAGGAUGGAGGAGACGUCGAUACACACAAAUCCACAGGCAGAGCAGGGGUUGAUCACGGAAUGGUUCAACGCGUAG